AUGGCUCCUUUUUCCCCUGCUAGUGGAAGUGGUGGCGGUAGUGGUAGUGGUAAAAUACCGCCUACAGGACCCAAGAUACCUCCAUCAGGACCUAAAGCCUUAAGAAAAACUACUUCCAAUGGUAUCAUACCGACUGGACCAUCAGCUCUCAAAUCUUCCUCUUCUUCUUUAGGGCUUUCCAAUGGUGUUAGUGGUGUAAGACAAGAUAAAGUGUCUAUCACUUUCCCACAAACGCAAAUAUCAAAUCAAACCCAAGCACAACCACAAUCACAAGCUGGACCUUCAAGAAUUAGACAAUCACCUAUAUCCAUACCAUUUUCGUCUACUUCCACAUCUACGAUUAGAUCGAAUACUGUUGGAUCUGGAAUCGCACAUCCAUCAUCGUCUUCGUCCUCGUCCUCGUAUUCAGCUUUAUCAAAUACCAAUAUAUUCGGUAAUGGUAAAAGCACGAAUAACGGAUCAUCAAAAUCACACACGACAGAACCAAGUGUGAAUAAAAAACCAAUCCCAUCAGGUCCAUCAUUGUUAUCAUCUCCUUCUACUUCCUCUUUCCCUCCUUCUUCUUCAUCAUCAUUAUUGACAAAUACGCAUACACCAAGACGAGUACCUACUUCACCAAAGAAAAGAUUGAUCAAAACACUUGUAUCGGUCGAUCCACAAAACCCUCAAAGUCAAAGUCAUAAUCACAGUCAAGACAACUCUGACAAAUCGUAUAUAUCUAAUUUCCUGCCUACGGAUGAAGCUUCAAGAGUGAAAGUCUCAAUCUCGUUCGGUGCGUCAUCUUCCAGUGUCAACAACAAUGCGAAUAUGAAGAAUGGUACAAAUGGGUUUAUCAGACCUAAACCACCACAUUUAGAUAUGACUAAAGAUAAAUUGAAACACAGUUUACCGUUUGAUCAAUUGACACCACCAUUACCGACGCCCCCUCCUCCACCACCUCCAGAUGGUAGACCACCGACACCACCUUUGGGAAGACCACCGACACCACCGUUCAAUAGUAGACCACCAACUCCACCACCUCCAGAAGAACAACUACCUCCUCCUCCACCUUCACCUCCAUUUCAAGCUCCUUCACCUCUACCGACACCUCCACCUCAAUCGUCCAGACCACCUUCAGCACCCGGAUCAUUUUACUCUUCUCGAGUACCUUCACCUCCAAGUAGUAUAGGUAGACCACCAUCACCACCACCUAUCGAACCCCCUUCACCUCCACCACCAGCACCUCCAUCUCCAGGUCCUUCAAUACCCGCCCCACCUUCAUUUCACUUCAGAGAUCUAUCAAUACGGCGAAGAACCCCAUCUGAUGAAGACGAAGAUGAAGAUGAAGAUUUAGUGAUGGAACCUCAAGACUCUACACCUCCUCCUCCACCGGAAGAACCAUCCAAAGCACCAACCCCUCCAUAUGUUCCUCCACCUUAUACCCCUCCAGCAUGUGUGAAUCCAAGACCUGGAAUAGGAAGCUUCCUUAUUGUCAAGGGGAAACAAAGAUUUGACGGUAUAGAAAAUGGUGAACCAGUGGAAAUCUCAGAUCCUAGAAAAGCUAUCCAUAAAGAUCAGUUAGAGAAAGGCAGGGGAACUAUGAAAUGCCGAAAUGGAUUUUACGAGGUCGAGUAUGACUGGGAUGAGUAUUCAACCGGUCCUAAGCCUCCCCCUCCACCAACUGCGGUUCUCAUUACAGGAUUGAGUCCCCUGACUACGACUGAUCAGAUUAGCAAGUUCUUCCGACCGUAUGGCAGGAUCAAAGAUAUAGAUGCUAAGAUGGAUACGAAAUCAGGGAUGCAGUUAGGAAUAUGUUGGGUGAAAUUUGAUGGACCACCUCAUGGCAGACCUGGUACUGCUCAUGAUGUCGCUUGUCAAGUUGUUCGAGUAUGCGAUGGACAAAGAAUCAGCUUGACGGGAAAUGAAAAGAUCAAGAUUGUCUUGGAUGGAAGAGGAAUUAGGACUCAGAAAGCGGUAAAAGAGGAAAUGGAGAAAAGAUAUCCACCUAAACCAAAGGUCAUUCCUAUUCCAACUUCCAAGCCUACAUUCCCCUUAUCCACACCAUCACUUGUACCUGCUGCAGUAGGAACGAGUACACCUUCUUCAGCAGGUGCACAAACUCCAAGAGCAGAAAGUGGAAUAUCGAGAAUACAACCACCUAUUCCUAAACCUCUGACUGGAUCAUUCCCUUCUCGAGCAUAUCGACCUUCGCCAUCAGUCUCAUACCAUAAUCCUAGAUAUUCAUCGUUACCUAAUCGACCCGGACUUCCCUCUCGUCCCAUACCAGUCUCCUUACCGAGUCGACCUAUGGGUUUACCCGCUCGACCAGAUACUUCAGUCCAACAUCUAGCUUCCUCAUUCACUGCAGCUCCAUUCACUCGUCAUGUUGAUCAAACAUACCAGGAUCAACGACGAUACGAUUAUGCCGAUAGUUACACUCCGAAUCAAAGACGACGUUCUCGAUCAAGAUCACGUUCUUACGCAUCAUCGUAUUCUUCCGAUUACUCAUCAGAUAGCGAUGAUUAUCGACCAGCAUAUAAAUCUCGCGAAAGAUCACCUUAUGGACGAAGGAGAGUUGCGGGAGGAAGAGUUGCCCCUCAAACUACUAAAGAAGAUGAAAAAGCCGCUGAAAAGAUCAAAGAAGCUUUGACAGCUAAUGGUAAAGCUCACGUCUACAUUGAUGCGAAAUCAUUACCCCCAACGGAAACAUAUGUUGCUCAUCUGAAAGAUCAUUUCAAGACUUUUAAACCUUCUCAAAUUCUGCAUAAUCAUACUGGAUGGUAUAUCCUCUUUUCCGAUUCUUCUUCUGCACACCGAGCUCGGAGCGUACUUGACAAUACCAGCAUCCAUGGUCAUCGCCUUUCUUUGAUUGCCAAAAUGCCCUCUUCAGCGUCAGCAAUUAUGGCAACUAAGAAGCCGGGAGAAGAAGACUCUGCUCCAGCUGUUGGAAGCGGCAUUGCUCAAAAAGGAGAUUGGAGACUGUUGACUUUCACCAAGAAAAACAGACCUGCACCCAUACCUACCAAGCCAAAGGCUGAUAGAGUCAAGAUUGACAAGAUCAAGAAGCAGGUGAUUGAAUCCGAUGGAAGUAGUGACGACGAUGUUCUGCCGAUCAAACCGAAGAAGAGGUUACCUUCCUUUUCCAGUGCUUCCUCCUUAUCUGAUGACGAAUCCAUCAUAAAUCCCAAAUCAAAAGCUCUGCACGAAGAAAAGCAUAUGGAUAUGGAUAUCGACGAGGAUUCUGUCCUUCCUACAAAGGAUUCUGUCUCCGUGACCAUCGAUACCGCAAAAGACGAAACACCUGUUGGAAAAGCAAAGAAACGACCUGCUGCAAAAGCUAAAGUGACGAAGAAGAAUAAGAAAGCUCGUUUGGACUCACCUGUUCCCUCGAUCGAGCCAACCAUCGAAAUUCUCCCUCCUCCCGAACCUGAAGUCGCCGAAAUAAUUCUUGAAGAUAAGGCCGAACCUGAACCUACUGCCAAGAAAGUUACAGGGAAGAAGAAAGGACCUAAAUCUGAAUUUGAUAAAUUCAUUGUUUCGACCGUUCAAGACGAAGAAGACGCUUAUUGGCUUGGUAAAGCUUUAGCUGCUGCCAAAGAGGGUGUCGAACCCAUCUUCAACGAAGAUUCAGAAGAAUUGAUGUUGGAUGAGGAACAUCCUCUCUAUCAUACAUCAGGGUCAUGGCGAGCCGAAGGAUUUAAAAAGAUCCCACAAAUUUCCAAAUCGACUUAUCUACCACAACGUAAUAAAGCCACAGCAGCAGUUGAAGAUACGUCAAUAGGAGUGACCACUGGACGUACAGCUAGAUUAGCCGGUAGAGACCAAAACAGACAGACUGCAACUGUUUCUGCAACAGAUUCCGAGCUAUUCGCCUUCAACCAAUUACGUAUACGUAAGAAGCAAUUGAGAUUCGCGAGAUCCGCUAUAGAAGGUUACGGUUUAUACGCGAUGGAAACUAUUCAUCAAGGUGAAAUGGUUUGUGAAUAUGUUGGAGAACUUUGUAGAGCUGCAAUUGCGGACGUAAGGGAACAAAGAUAUCUAAAACAAGGUAUCGGAAGUAGUUAUCUUUUCAGAAUCGAUAAUGAUAUUGUCUGUGAUGCUACUUUUAGAGGUAGUGUGAGUCGUUUGAUCAAUCAUUCAUGCGAUCCUUCUGCGAAUGCGAAGAUCAUCAAAGUCAAUGGUCAAUCAAAGAUCGUUAUAUACGCGGAGAAAACACUGCAUCCAGGAGAAGAGAUCCUAUACGAUUAUAAAUUCCCUCUCGAAUCUGAUCCCUCACUUCGAGUACCGUGUUUGUGUGGAGCUGCAACUUGUAGAGGAUGGUUGAAUUGA